UGGUGCACUACAACAAGACGAAGAAGACGUCUUACAUGGAGGGAAACCGAGGGAAACCCAUGUUCCGUAUAGAUUUGCGACUCGGUGAAGCAAAAGGUAAACUUGGUAAAGAAUAGGUAAUUUGUUUAAAAAUCCAAUAUCUGGCGGGCCCUAGUUCUGUAAGUCCCUCUUUAUUGACCGUGGGAAAUGCCACCAAAGAAAAGGACCAGAGUGAAGGGGAAAACAGAAAAACCAGGAAAAGAUGAAGAGUGUGCAGAAGAAACAGUUAGAGCUAAAAAGAAAGUAACCAAAGACAGCUCAAAAGCCUCUCCUGAGUACUCUCACUGGCUGAUGAAGUCUGAGCCUGAGAGCCGCUUUGAGAAUGGCAUUGAUGUGAAGUUUGGGAUUGAGGAUCUGAAGGCUCUGCCUGAUCAGACAGGCUGCUGGGACGGCGUCCGCAAUUAUCAGGCACGCAAUUUCAUGAGGCAGAUGAAAGCAGGGCAGUUGUCUUUCUUUUAUCACAGCAACUGCAAGGAACCAGGGAUAGCUGGAGUCAUGAAAAUUGUAAAGGAAGCUUAUGUGGACCACACUCAGUUUGAUAAGAAAGACGUGCAUUACGAUGCGUCCAGUAAACCUGACAACCCUAAGUGGAGCAUGGUAGACGUCCAGUAUCAGAGGAUGAUGAAGCGUUUUAUUUCCCUGUCUGAGCUGAAAAAGUAUCACCAGCAACAUUGUGCCAAAGGAGGGCCUCUGAAGGACAUGGCACUUUUUACGAGGGCCAGGCUCUCUGUGCAGCCACUGACAGCUGAGGAGUUUGACUUUAUCCUGGGUUUGGAGGAUGAGGAACCUUUGUGAGGAUGAGACCUAGCAACGUAGUUUUAUGUGUUUUAUCUUGUGUAAAUAUCAUUAAAAAUGUUUUGUCUUCAA